CAUAUAGUUAUAGUAUUUGUUGAGGCCCGCGACAGCGCCUCCGAGACAGCAGAUGAAGACUGCCUUGACUUGGACAUAGAGCCCCUACUUUAAAUGUGCCCCUUCUGCUCGCUACGCUUCUGAAUGGUGCUUAAGGAGAUUGACAGGUGUCAAAAACUGACGUCCUGUCAAUCAACUUAAGCGUCAUUGCAGUUUUUCUUUAAUAAAAAAAAAACCUCAGCAGCGUCAGCAGCAAACAAACCCUAAAACCCAAACCUGAAAAUAAAGGAAGUUAUAACGUUUAACCAAACCUGUGUUCUUACUCACCUUGAACCACAAAUAAAAAUGGAACCCAUUCGUCGCUCAGAUGUAUGCCUAGUAUGUUUCCAAAGGCAUCAUUUGCGGAAAUGCAAAAUAUUUAACGGGUUUUCUAUUAGACAACGCCUUUACUCCGUGAAGGUUCAUAGAUAUUGUUUAAAUUGCCUUUCCCAGUCGCACCAGGUUAAGGAUUGUACCACAGCUUCAGCAUGUCGCAGAUGUGGCAAAAAUCACCACACUCUAUUGCACAAAGAAAGUGCUCAGUCGAAUGUAGUUAGUUCUCCGCCAAGGCGUUCGGUCCAAGAACGCCUACAGUUACCAAUUCGUGAUCUUCGGAUUCCGAACCGAGUAGCCCCACCUCAACAACGUCGGAGAUCACAACAUUCCGUUCGUUCAGCAUCUCAUGGAGAAACCCGUCGAGACACUACCGAAGAUUCUGGGGCACUGACUGUAGCCAAUGACCGCCGAAGACGCUCGAGGAGAAGGCCUACAAUGGUGCAGCGGCAGUUAGCUGACCAAGCAGCCGGCCAAGCUACUACCCAUCAGCUGUUGCGACAAAUGAUCGCUACUAUGAAUCGGCUUAGUGAUUCGAUCCUUGCACCCGUGCAAAGGGGGCGGCAUGUUGAGGCCCGCGACAGCGCCUCCGAGACAGCAGAUGAAGACUGCCUUGACUUGGACAUAGAGCCCCUACUUUAAAUGUGCCCCUUCUGCUCGCUACGCUUCUGAAUGGUGCUUAAGGAGAUUGACAGGUGUCAAAAACUGACGUCCUGUCAAUCAACUUAAGCGUCAUUGCAGUUUUUCUUUAAUAAAAAAAAAACCUCAGCAGCGUCAGCAGCAAACAAACCCUAAAACCCAAACCUGAAAAUAAAGGAAGUUAUAACGUUUAACCAAACCUGUGUUCUUACUCACCUUGAACCACAAGUAAGUGCAACCUGCAUUUUAUUUCCAAAGUUAAUUAUUUGUAAAUAAUUAACUUUGGUUUUGUGUUGUUUCAACUACGUUGAAACAGCUCCAACAACAAAUUUCCCUACUAGAGACAGAAAUUUGUUUA